AUGACCACUUUACUCCUGGUGUUUGUGACUCUGAGAGUCAUCACAGCCGUCAGCUCCCUAGAAGCUUCAGACCCUGACAACUCGCUGAGUGUCAGCAUCCCCGAACCAUCCCCUCUGCGGGUCCUCCUGGGGAACUCCCUCACCAUCCCCUGCUACUUCAUCGACCCCAUGCAUCCUGUGACCACCGCCCCCUCCACUGCCCCCCUCGCCCCGAGAAUUAAGUGGAGCCGCAUUUCCAAGGAGAAGGAGGUGGUCCUGUUGGUAGCCACGGAAGGGCAGGUGCGGGUCAACAGUGCCUACCAAGACAAGGUCUCGCUGCCCAACUACCCGGCCAUCCCCAGCGACGCCACCUUGGAAAUCCAGAACCUUCGCUCCAAUGACUCUGGGAUCUACCGCUGUGAAGUUAUGCACGGCAUUGAGGACAGCGAGGCUACCAUAGAGGUCGUGGUGAAAGGCAUUGUGUUCCAUUACAGAGCCAUCUCCACGCGCUACACGCUGGACUUCGACAGGGCGCAGCGGGCCUGCCUGCAGAACAGUGCCAUCAUCGCCACCCCCGAGCAGCUGCAGGCCGCCUAUGAGGACGGCUUCCACCAGUGUGACGCCGGCUGGCUAGCUGACCAGACUGUCAGGUACCCCAUCCACACUCCAAGGGAAGGCUGCUAUGGGGACAAGGAUGAGUUUCCAGGUGUGAGAACCUAUGGCAUCCGCGACACCAAUGAGACCUAUGAUGUCUACUGCUUCGCUGAGGAGAUGGAGGGUGAGGUCUUCUAUGCGACGUCUCCGGACAAGUUCACCUUCCAGGAGGCGGCCGACGAGUGCCAGCGGCUGGGUGCACGGCUGGCCACCACGGGCCAGCUCUACCUGGCCUGGCAGGGCGGCAUGGAUGUGUGCAGUGCCGGCUGGCUGGCCGACCGCAGCGUGCGCUACCCCAUCUCCAAGGCCCGGCCCAACUGCGGGGGCAACCUCCUGGGUGUGCGGACCGUCUACCUGCACGCCAACCAGACGGGCUACCCUGACCCCUCGUCCCGCUACGACGCCAUCUGCUACACAGGUGAAGACUUUGUGGACAUCCCAGAAAACUUCUUCGGGGUGGGCGGCGAGGAGGACAUCACCAUCCAGACCGUGACUUGGCCUGAUGUGGAGUUGCCGCUGCCUGGAAAUAUCACCGAGGGUGAAGCCCGAGGCAACGUGAUCCUCACUGUGAGACCUGUCUUCGGUGUCUCUCCCACUGUCCCGGAGCCCGAGGAGCCCUUCACGUUCACCCCGGAGCCCGAGGAGCCCUUCACGUUCACCCCGGAGCCCGAGGAGCCCUUCACAUUUGCCCCUGUUGGAGGGGCCACUGCCUUCCCUGAGGCUGAGAACAGGACUGGAGAGAUCACCGGGCCCUGGGGUGUUCCCGCUACGCCCGGCCCAGCCUUCACUGCCUUCACCAGUGAGGACCAUGUCGUGCAGGUGACCGCAGCCCCAGGCACAGCUGAGGUGUCUGGGCGGCCACGAUUGCCUGGGGGGGUUGUGUUCCACUACCGCCCAGGAUCUGCCCGCUACUCACUGACCUUUGAGGAGGCUCAGCAGGCCUGCCUGCGCACUGGGGCUGUCAUCGCCUCCCCGGAGCAGCUCCAGGCCGCCUACGAAGCAGGCUACGAGCAGUGUGAUGCCGGCUGGCUGCAGGACCAGACCGUCAGAUACCCCAUUGUGAGCCCACGGACUCCGUGUGUAGGUGACAAAGACAGCAGCCCCGGGGUCAGGACCUACGGUGUGCGGCCAGCAUCAGAAACCUAUGAUGUCUACUGCUACGUGGACAGGCUCGAAGGGGAGGUGUUCUUCAUCACACGCCUGGAGCAGUUCACCUUCCAGGAAGCGCUGGCAUUCUGUGAAUCUCACAACGCCACCCUGGCCUCCACGGGCCAGCUCUACGCCGCCUGGAGCCGAGGCCUGGACAAGUGCUACGCUGGCUGGCUGUCGGACGGCAGCCUCCGUUACCCCAUCGUCACCCCAAGGCCUUCCUGCGGCGGAGACAAGCCAGGCGUGAGAACUGUCUACCUCUACCCCAACCAGACAGGCCUCCCUGACCCGCAGUCCCGGCACCACGCCUUCUGCUUCCGAGGUGUCUCAGCAGCGCCCUCUGCAGGAGAAGAAGAGGGCGGCACACCCACUCCCUCUGUGGUGGAGGACUGGAUCGCUACCCGAGUGGGGCCUGGUGUGGCUGCUGUCCCUGUGGGCGAGGAGACGACUGCCAUCCCAGACUUCACCAUUGAGCCGGAAAACCAGACGGAAUGGGAACCGGCCUACAGCCCAGCGGGCACUUCCCCACCACCAGCUUCUGGAGAAGGUCCAGAAGUCUCAGCCUCUGGAGUAGAGGACUUCAGUGGAUUACCUUCUGGAGAAGGUCCAGAAGUCUCAGCCUCUGGAGUAGGGGACCUCAGUGGACUUCCUUCUGGAGGAGAAGGAAUAGAGACCUCUACCUCUGGUGUAGGGGACCUCAGCAGGUUGCCUUCUGGAGAAGCUUCUGCCUCCGGAGUAGGGGACCUCAGUGGGAUACCUUCUGGAGAAGUUCCAGAAGCCUCUGCUUCUGGAGUAGGGGACCUCAGUGGACUUCCUUCUGGAAGAGAAGGUCUAGAGACUUCUGCCUCUGGUGUAGGGGACCUCAGCGGGCUGUCUUCUGGAGAAGGCCCAGAAGCCUCUGCCUCUGGAAUAGGGGACCUCAGUGGACUUCCUUCUGGAAGAGAAGGUCUAGAGACCUCUGCUUCUGGAGUAGAGGAUCUCAGUGGAUUGCCUUUAGAAGGGGAGGGUCUAGAGACCUCUGUUUCUGGAACUGAGGAUCUCAGCGGGUUACCCUCUGGAAAAGAAGACUCAAUUGGUUCAGCUUCUGGAGCCUUGGACUUUGGCAGAAUACCUUCUGGAACUGUGGGAAGUGGGCAAGCUCCAGAAGCAAGUGGCCUUCCUUCAGGGUUUAGUGGUGAAUAUUCAGGGAUGGACCUUGGAAGUGGCCCAUCCUCUGGUCUACCUGACUUUAGUGGACUUCCCUCUGGAUUCCCAACUGUCUCCCUAGUGGAUACUACCUUGGUGGAAGUGGUCACAGCUACCAGUGCAAGUGAACUGGAAGGGAGGGGAACUAUUGGCAUCAGCGGUGCUGGAGAAACGUCAGGACUGCCCUUCAGUGAGCUGGACAUUAGUGGGGCAGUUAGUGGCCUCCCUUCAGGAGCUGAACUCAGUGGCCAAGCAUCUGGGUCUCCUGAUAUCAGUGGGGAAACAUCUGGAUUCUUUGGUGUCAGUGGACAGCCAUCAGGGUUUCCUGACAUCAGUGGGGGAACAUCUGGGCUUUUUGAGGUCAGUGGACAGCCAUCAGGGUUUUCUGGGGAAACAUCUGGAGUGACCGAGCUUAGUGGACUGCCCUCUGGACAACCGGAUGUCAGUGGAGAAGCCUCUGGAGUUCUUUCUGGCAGUGGCCCACCAUUUGGCAUAACCGACCUCAGUGGAGAAGAAUCCGGGAUCCCUGAUAUCAGUGGGCAGCCAUCAGGGUUGCCAGAGUUCAGUGAGACAACUUCUGAAGUCCCUGGCCUGGUUCUCGGGACCACGAGUGGCAGUGGCGAGUCUUCUGGAAUUACAUUUGUGGACACCAGUUUGGUUGAAGUGACCCCAACUAUGUUUAAAGAAGAAGAAGGUUUAGGGUCUGUGGAAGUCAGUGGACUCCCUUCAGGGGAGGCAGAUGUCUCGGGCAUAUCUGGGAUCGUGGAUGUCAGUGGCCAAUCUUCUGGAGCAAUUGACUCUAGCGGGUUGACAUCCCAGCCUCCAGAAUUCAGUGGCCUACCAAGUGGAGUAGCGGAAGUCAGUGGAGAAUCCUCUGGAGCAGAGACUGGGAGCAGCCCGCCCUCGGGAGCCUAUGACAGCAGUGGACUCCCAUCGGGGCUCCCCACUGUGUCUCUUGUAGACAGAACUUUGGUGGAAUCCAUCACCCAGGCUCCGACAGCCCAGGAAGCAGUAGAAGGGCCUUCGGGCAUUUUGGAACUCAGCGGGGCCCAUUCUGGAGCCCCAGAUGUGUCUGGAGACCACUCGGGGGUUUUGGACCUAAGCGGGCUGCAGUCCGGGCUGCUGGAGCCCAGUGGAGAGCCGUCGAGUACUCCGUAUUUUAGCGGGGACCUUUCUGGCACCGUGGAUGUAAGUGGAGAUUCCUCUGCAUCCACAAGCACCAGUGGGGAGGCUUCGGGGCUUCCAGAAGUUACUUUAAUCACUUCAGAGUUCGUGGAGGGUGUCACCGAACCAACUGUUUCCCAGGAACUUGCCCAAAGACCCCCUGUGACACAUACCCCCCAGCUGUUUGAGUCCAGUGGAGAAGCCUCUGCGUCUGGGGAAGUUAGUGGAGCUACACCAACGUUCCCCGGGGCUGGACUAGAAGCGUCAUCAGUCCCGGAAUCCAGCAGGGAGACGUCUGUCUUUCCUGAGGCUGGGGUGGGGACGUCUGCCACCCCUGAGGCCAGCGGACGAGCUUCCGGGGCGCCUGAGGUAGGUGAAGCCACCUCCGCCUUCCCUGAAGCGGAUGUGGAGGGGGCCUCAGGCCUGGGAGUGAGCAGCAGUGCCUCUGCCUUUCCUGAAGGCCCCAGGGAGGGCUCGGCCACCCCGGAAGUACAAGAGGAGACAACCAGCACCUAUGCUGUGGGCACAGAGGCGUCAGGCUGGCCUUCGGCCACUCCAAUGACAUCUGGAGACAGGACUGAAGUCAGCGGAGACCUGUCCGGUCCCACAUCGGGGCUGGAUGUUGUCAUGAGCCCCAGCGUCCCAGAGUCCGAGUGGAUCCAGCAGACCCAGCGCCCUGCAGAGGCACCUCUAGAAAUUGAGUCCUCAAGCCCCUUGCACUCAGGAGAAGAGACCCAAACCGCCGAAACAGCCACCUUCCCCACGGAUGUUUCCAUCCCCACUUCUCCACGAGGGACAGAUGAAUCAGCACCAACCAUUCCAGACAUUGAUGAAUGCCUCUCAAGUCCUUGUCUGAAUGGAGCCACCUGCGUGGACGCCAUCGACUCUUUCACAUGCUUAUGCCUUCCCAGCUACCGAGGGGACCUGUGUGAGAUUGACCAGGAGCUGUGUGAGGAGGGCUGGACCAAGUUCCAGGGUCACUGUUACCGCUACUUCCCGGACCGCGAGAGCUGGGUGGAUGCCGAGAGCCGGUGUCGGGCCCAACAGUCACACCUGAGCAGCAUCGUCACCCCCGAGGAGCAGGAGUUUGUCAACAACAACGCCCAAGACUACCAGUGGAUCGGCCUGAAUGACAGGACCAUCGAAGGGGACUUCCGCUGGUCAGACGGACACUCCUUGCAAUUUGAGAACUGGCGCCCCAACCAGCCGGACAACUUCUUCGUCAGCGGAGAGGACUGCGUGGUGAUGAUCUGGCACGAGAAGGGGGAGUGGAACGACGUGCCCUGCAAUUACCACCUGCCCUUCACGUGUAAAAAGGGCACAGUGGCCUGCGGCGAUCCCCCCGUGGUGGAACACGCCAGGACCUUCGGGCAGAAGAAGGACCGGUAUGAGAUCAAUUCGCUGGUUCGUUACCAGUGCACCGAGGGCUUUGUCCAGCGCCACGUGCCCACCAUCCGCUGCCAGCCCAGCGGGCACUGGGAGGAGCCUCGGGUCACCUGCACAGACCCCUCCACAUACAAGCGCAGACUACAGAAGCGGAGCCCACGGGCGCCACGGAGGAGCCGCCCCAGCACAGCCCACUGAGGGGAGCCUCCAGGACGCGCCCAGGAUGCUGAGCCCAGGAGCCUCGCCAGACUGACGUCCCACACGGAUGGUGUCCCCUUCUUGUCGCUUUCUGUCAUAUAAGGAAUUCCAUUAAAGAAGGAGAAAAACAAAUCCCACAUUGUGUAUGCAACCGCCCCCCACCCCCCCCAAU